CUCAUGAGAACAGGAAAUAGUUCAGUUAGUUAUUCCAGACUCCAUUUUGUGUUAACGGCACAGAGAGGUGGCGACUGAAGACUGAAGCAGGUCAGUGUUCCUGUUUUACCUCUCAGACUGACUUCAGAUCAGAAGAUGAGUCAUAGUGAGGAGGACAGAGCAGAGCCUCCAGUCUCUGGCUGUCUGUCUAUGAAGAAUGACCAGUCUAAAGAUGAUCCUCCAUUCUUCAGUAAUGAACCUGGACCCUCAGAGUCAAAAGUUCAGUCCAGACAGAGAGCAGAGUCUCCAGUACCCAGCUGUCUGUCUAUGAAGAGUGACCAGUCACUCAUAAUGACUCCUCCAUUCUUCAGUAAUGAACCUGGACCCUCAGACACAAAAGUUCAGUCCAGACAGAGAGCAGAGUCUCCAGUACCCAGCUGUCUGUCUAUGAAGAGUGACCAGUCACUCAUAAUGACUCCUCCAUUCUUCAGUAACGACCCUCGACCCUCAGACACAAAAGAGAAGAAGAGGAGUCCUGCUUCUGUGGACGAGCUGAUGUCCAGAUCCACAACAAGACCUGGACCUCAGACAGCCAGUCAGACCAGCACUGUACAAACAGAUAGCGGUCUGCAGGAGGUUGUAGAUGAACAUAAGAUCAGUCUGAGGAGGAGAUGUGAACGUGUGACUGAAGGAACUGAUGAAACAGGAAGUGGAACCCUCCUCAACAGGAUCUACACUGAGCUCUACAUCACAGAGGGACAGAGUGAAGAGGUUAAUACCCAACAUGAGGUGAUGCAGCUUGAGACAGCUUCCAAGAAGAAGAGCCUCCAUGACGCUCCAAUCAAGUGCCAGGACAUCUUUAAAGCCUUACCUGACCAACAGGGACACAUCAGAGUCGUUCUGACGAACGGCGUCGCUGGCGUUGGAAAAACCUUCUCAGUGCAGAAGUUCACUCUGGACUGGGCAGAGGGCUUGGAAAACCAAGAUAUCAGUCUGGUGGUUCCGCUUUCAUUCAGGGUGCUGAACUUGAUCAGAGAUGAGCAGUACAGUCUUCUCAUGCUGCUCCAUGUUUUCCAUCCAACAUUACAGAAGGUCACAGCAGAGAAGCUCGCUGUCUGUAAAGUUCUGUUCAUCUUUGACGGCCUGGAUGAAAGCAGACUUUCACUGGGUUUCCACAACAAUGAGUUUGUGUCUGAUGUCACCCAGAAGUCAUCAGUCAACGUGCUGUUGACAAACCUCAUCGAGGGGAAUCUGCUUCCCUCAGCUCUCGUCUGGAUAACUUCCCGACCUACAGCAGCCAAUCAGAUCCCUCCUGCAUGUGUUGACAGGGUAACAGAAGUACGAGGCUUCACUGACGCCCAGAAGGAGGAGUACUUCAGGAGGAGAUUCAGUGAUGAAGAGCUGUCCAGCAGAAUCAUCUCACACAUCAAGAAAUCCAGGAGCCUCCACAUCAUGUGUCUAAUCCCAGUCUUCUGCUGGAUCACUGCUACAGUUCUGGACCAAAUGUUGACUACAGACCAGAGAGGAGAGCUGCCCAAGACCCUGACUGACAUGUACUCACACUUCCUGGUGGUUCAGACAACGAGGAAGAAGCAGAAGUAUGUUGAGGGACAUGAGACGAGUCCACAGGAGCUGACGGAGGCUGACAGGGACGUUCUUCUGAAGCUGGGGAGGCUGGCGUUUGAACAGCUGGAGAAAGGAAACAUCAUGUUCUACCAAAAAGACCUGGAGCGGUGUGGUCUUGAUGUCACAGAGGCCUCGGUAUACUCAGGAGUUUGUACAGAGAUCUUCAAAAGAGAUUGUGUGAUCUUCCAGAAAACAGUCUACUGCUUUGUUCACCUGAGCAUUCAGGAGUUUCUGGCUGCAGUCUAUAUGUUCGACUGUUACACAGACAGCAACAUAGAGGUACUGAAGGACUUCUUGGGAGAAGAAUAUGUUCAUUCAACCCUGGAUGUCUUCCUGAAGAGAGCCAUGGAGAAAUCCCUGAGGAGUAAAGAAGGCCACCUGGACCUGUUUGUUCGCUUCCUUCAUGGCCUCUCUCUGGAGUCCAACCAGAGACUCUUAGGAGGUCUACUGGGUUGGACAGACAACAGUCCAGAAAUCAUCCAGAGAGCCAUCACAAACCUGAAGGAGAAGAACAUGGAUGAUACCAAAACCUCUCCUGACAUAGGCAUCAACUUCCUGAGGGGGAUGGACAUGGAUGAUACCGAAACCUCUCCUGACAGUAGCAUCAACAUCUUCCACUGUCUGACGGAGAUGAACGACCACUCGGUACAUCAGGAGAUCCAAGAGUUCCUGAAGUCAGAGAACAGAUCAGAGAAGGAACUCUCAGAGAUCCACUGCUCAGCUCUGGCCUACAUGCUGCAGAUGUCAGAGGAGGUUCUGGAUGAGUUGGACCUGAACAAGUACAACACAUCAGACCAGGGACGACUGAGACUGAUUCCAGCUGUGAGGAACUGCAGAAAAGCUCUACUUUAUGGCAGUGGACUCUCAGAUACUCACUGUGAAGUUGUGGCCUCAGCUCUGAAGUCCAAACCCUCCCAUCUGAGAGAGCUGAACCUGAGCCUCAACGAGCUGCAGGAUUCAGGAGUGAAGCUGCUUUCUGCUGGACUGAAGACUCCAAACUGUAGACUGGAGACUCUGAGAUUGUAUGGCUGCAGUUUGUCAGAGAUCAGCUGUGCUUCUCUGGCCUCAGCUCUGAAAUCCAACCCCUCCCAUCUGAGAGAGCUGGAUCUGGAUGACAACGAGCUGCAGGAUUCAGGAGUGAAGGUCCUGUGUGGUUUUCUGGAGAGUCCACACUGUAGACUGGAGACUCUGAGAUUGAGGGACUGCAGUUUGUCAGAGAUCAGCUGUGCUUCUCUGGUCUCAGCUCUGAAGUCCAACCCCUCCCAUCUGAGAGAGCUGGAUCUGGAUGACAACGAGCUGCAGGAUUCAGGAGUGAAGGUCCUGUGUGGUUUUCUGGAGAAUCCACACUGUAGACUGGAGACUCUGAGAUUGAGUGGCUGCAGUUUGUUAGAGAUCAGCUGUGCUUCUCUGGCCUCAGCUCUGAAGUCCAACCCCUCCCAUCAGAGAGAGCUGGAUCUGAGUAACAACAACCUGCAGGAUUCAGGAGUGAAGGUCCUGUGUGGUUUUCUGGAGAGUCCACACUGUAGACUGGAGACUCUGAGAUUGAGUGUCUGCAGUUUGUCAGAGAUCAGCUGUGCUUCUCUGGCCUCAGCUCUGAAGUCCAACCCCUCCCAUCUGAGAGAGCUGGAGCUGACCCGAAACGAGCUGCAGGAAUCAGACGUGAAGCUGCUGUCUGAUCUUGAGGAGAGUCCACACUGUAGACUGGAGACUCUGAGUGGAGGUAUUGAUCUCUAACCACCAUCAUCCCUGUGUGUUCCUCUGGACCUGACAGAGUAUCAUCAGUGUAUCUGGACUCUGUCCUUCUGCACAGUCUCUGCAGACACACUGAGACUCCUCCACUCCUUCUGCUCCACACUCAACCACCUCCUCCACCUGGACCUGGGUUUCACUUUGUCUUCAUUCAUUCAUAUAUUCUGAAGCCAAAGUGCCUCUGCAGAUCAGUUCUGUUUAUAACAACAGAACUGUAGAUUAACACAUUUAAAUAGGUGUUUCUGCUUUGCUUUCUGUUGCAGCUCCACCCUGUGGAACGAUUUAGUUUUGCAGUUAAUUUCCUCAUACUACUAAAUAUAUAUAUACCAUAUACAAUAUAUAUACCAAUGCCAGCCUUUUUUCAUAUUAUAACAGAUUUGCUUGUAACAAACAGAAAGAAGUAGAUAAAACCUGAACCUGAGGUUUCAGUUUCUCAACUAACUACAAACAGAUUAUGUCUGGAUUUUGGUGGAAAGUCAGCUCCUUAAUAUUGUCUUUUGUAUGUGAUGUUUGAUGUAAAACAAAACAAAAAAAAUCCUGACUAUCUGUUUUUUUGCUGCAAAACAAAUCAUAUUUGUUAGUUUAUUACAGAUGUACGUGUCACCCUGCUAGUUUCACAUUACAUGGCUCAACACAGACACAUGAAGUCAACCUGUGGAGCUUUUCCCCUCAGAAAUCAAUGUUGAGUCGCCGUUAUCACCACCGUUCAUGUUCUGUAUUUUGUAUAAAUUAUAUUUUGCUUAGUGGUUCACCUUAAUGCUCACUGUUUCCACAAUGGACUUAAUGGAGGUAGAAGGUAUCGGGGAGCUGGACUGGACUCUGGAGCACAUCUCUGCUGUAAAACUGUAUAAAGCGUCUCCAGUGUCCACAUUUAGAUCUGAUGUAGAUGUGAUCGUUCUGUCCAACUCAAACAACCCAACAUCACAUCCUCCUCGUUUCCGAAAAAGUUACCCUGCCCCCUCGUCAUUUUUCUUGUCGUCCUUGGCUUGUUCCAGUUUCAUGUGUUUCAUAAUUCGUUGAUAUUGUAGCCAGGACUAUUCUCCAUCUUGCUUCUUUGUUGCUAGUAGCUCAGCAUGCUUACUGUCUAAUGACGAUUAUGUAUUUUCACCCACGUAGUUGUUGUAUGUGGAUUAAAAACGCCGUUGCAUUCACA